AUGAAGAUCGCCGUGCUGGGGGCCAGCGGCCAGACGGGUCAGUUUGUGGUCAAGCAAGCGCUACAGCAGGGUCACAUCGUCACCGCUGUCGUCCGGAACCUGGACAUGCUCACCGUACGUCAUGACAACCUUCAGGUGGUGAAAGCUGACAUCUUCUCAAUGGACAGCCUGAAGACUCACUUCAAAGGGACGGAUGUGGUAGUCUCCUGUUUAGGUUUCUCUACCUCCUUCUUCUCCAGCGUGACUGGGUACACUGACUCCAUGCGGGCAAUGAUCGGAGCCAUGCGAGAGGCGCGUGUCAACAAGGUCAUCACAAUGACGUCAUGGUACACUGACCCCAACUCUGGCACGCAGUCGCCGUACCUGAUCCGCUUCUUGCUGCUGCCCCUGAUCCGCAGCGUGCUCAGCAACAUGUGGGAAAUGGAGCAGUACCUCCGGCAGGUGGAUGACAUCAACUGGACUGUGGUGCGUCCGCCCGGUCUCAAGAACUUGCCUUCCUCAGCCCUGGAGUUCCUGACGCACGAGGGCUACUUCGUACCCGACGAUGGCGGGCGUCCGGCGGGCAGUGCCAUGGGAAGAGGCGACGUCGCUCGCUUCAUGCUGUCGCUCCUCAACAGCAACGCUUGGGUGAAGAAGGGAGUGGCCAUCACCACCAAGUGA